AAAUCAUAAUUAAUACAAUUCCGUCAUUGGCGCAUGACAUUAAAAUAAUUGUAAGUGUAUUGAAACAAUGAACUAGAAGAAAUACGUCGCUUCCAAAACAGUGAGAGGAGAUACAUCUCAAAUUUAAAUUCAAAAAGGUUUCGAUCAAAACACCAUGAAAAUUAUGAUAAAACAAAUGAAAUUACAAGUAAUAUUUCCUUUGAGCAAACUGGUUCAACCAAGAUAUUGUAAAGAAAGUUAUAUAAGUGUAAUAAACGUUUACUCAUCAACCAAAAAUUUGCUUUCUCAUGAGCUGAAUGGUACAGAAAAAAGAAGGUCCUUUUGAUUGGAAAAUACAAUGACAAUAUCUGCUGCCUCAUGUAAAAUUUCAUUCAUAAAUUUGUGGCAGAAGUUGUAGACAAUUUUUCCGGCAACUGAUAACAGCAAAUUUUUUAUAAAACACGAUUUCAAAAGACUUUAGUAUGCUUUAUGAAAGUAUAGUAAUGAAGUCCUACAGUAAUCCAUUUUCAGAUAAAAGCAAUUUCAGAUGAAAUUUAUGCUCUUUAAACAGAGAAACUGUGUGUCAGCAAGAUGUAAAGUGAAGAACUUUUUCUGCAGCAGUAUUUACAGCCACAUUUACUGAUGUGCACAAACCAGAAACCGUAUAUAUGCGAUACAUGUUCUAUGACAUUUUUUGAAAUGGGCACUUUACGGAAGCAUUUACUAACGCAUACGGAAGUGAAAUCAUAUCACUGCGAGAUGUGCAAUAAUGCGUUUUUUCAAAAGGCCGACUUAAAGAGUCAUUUACUGAUACAUACGAAACAGAAACUGUAUCCUUGCGAGAUUUGCAAUAAAGCAUUUUCUCGAAUGUACGGUUUAAAGAGACAUUUACGGAUACAUACAGGUGAGAAACCAUAUCCUUGUGAGAUUUGCAAUGACGCGUUUUUUCGAAAAGAUGACUUAAAGACACAUUUACUGAAACAUACGAAAGAGAAACCGUAUUGUUGCGAGAUUUGUAAUAAAGCGUUUUCUCUAAAGAGCAGUUUAAAGGGACAUUUAUUGACGCAUACAAAAGAGAAACUGUAUAAUUGCGAGAUUUGUAAUAAAGCGUUUUCUCUAAAGAGCAAUUUAAAGAGACAUUUAUUGACGCAUACAAAAGAGAAACUGUAUCCUUGCGACAUUUGCAAUGAAGCAUUUUCUCGAAUGGAUGGUUUAAAGAGACAUUUACUGAUACAUACAGGUGAGAAACAAUAUCCUUGUGAGAUUUGCAAUGACGCGUUUUUUCGAAAAGAUGACUUAAAGACACAUUUACUGAAACAUACGAAAGAGAAACCGUAUUCUUGCGAGAUUUGUAAUAAAGCGUUUUCACAGAAGAUUCGUUUAAAGAGACAUUUACUAGCACAUACGAAGAAGAAACCGUAUUCUUGCGAGAUUUGUAAUAAAGCGUUUUCUCAGAAGUUUAAUUUAAAGAAACAUUUACUGUCACAUACGGGAGAGAAACCAUAUGUCUGUAGUAUUUGCAAUAAAGCGUUUUCUCAGAAAUAUUUUUUAGAGAAUCAUUUACUAACACAUACAAGAGAGAAACCAUAUAGCUGCGAGAUGUGCAAUAAUGCGUUUUCUCAAAAGGCCGACUUAAAGAGUCAUUUACUGAUACAUACGAAACAGAAAUUGUAUCCUUGCGAGAUUUGCAAUAAAGCAUUUUCUCGAAUGUACGGUUUAAACAGACAUUUACGGAUACAUACAGGUGAGAAACCAUAUCCUUGUGAGAUUUGCAAUGACGCGUUUUUUCGAAAAGAUGACUUAAAGACACAUUUACUGAAACAUACGAAAGAGAAACCGUAUUCUUGCGAGAUUUGUAAUAAAGCGUUUUCUCUAAAGAGAAAUUUAAAGAGACAUUUAUUGAUGCACACAAAAGAGAAACUGUAUAAUUGCGAGAUUUGUAAUAAAGCGUUUUCUCAGAAGGUUCAUUUAAAGAAACAUUUACUGUCACAUACGAGAGAGAAACAGUAUGUCUGUAGUAUUUGCAAUAAAGCGUUUUCUCAGAAGUAUUUUUUGGAGAAUCAUUUACUAACACAUACAGGUGAAAAACCGUAUCCUUGUGAGAUUUGCAAUGACGCGUUUUUUCGAAAAGAUAGCUUAAAGACACAUUUACUGAAACAUACGAAAGAGAAACUGUAUUCUUGCGAGAUUUGUAAUAAAGCGUUUUCUCAGAAGAUUCGUUUAAAGAGACAUUUACUACCACAUACGAAGAAGAAACCGUAUUCUUGCGAGAUUUGUAAUAAAGCGUUUUCUCAGAAGGUUAAUUUAAAGAAACAUUUACUGUCACAUACGGGUGAGAAACCAUAUGUCUGUAGUAUUUGCAAUAAAGCGUUUUCUCAGAAAUAUUAUUUAGAGAAUCAUUUACUAACACAUACAGGAGAGAAACCAUAUAGCUGCGAGAUCUGCAAUGAAGCGUUUUCUCAAAAGAGCAACUUAAAGAGACAUUUUUUGACGCAUACAAAAGAGAAACUGUAUAAUUGCGAUAUUUGUAAUAAAGCGUUUUCUCAAAAGGCUCAUUUAAAGACACAUUUACUAACACAUACGGGAGAGAAACCAUAUGUGUGUGAUUUAUGCAGUAAUGCGUAUUCUAAAAAGGCGAACUUAAACAAACAUUUAAUGACUCAUACUAAAGAAAAACCGCAUGCUCUUGAUUUAUGAAAUAAUAUGUAUUCUCUAUAGGAAAAUUGAAAAAAAAAAGAAAAAAACAUUUAUUGACUUAUGCGAAAGAAAGGCCUUUUUUUCGUGAUGAGUGUCAUACGCUAUUUUCUGAUCGAAACAAUUUAAACAGAUAUUUCGUGGCACAUACGAACAAGAAACGUAUGCCUGCGAUAAGUGCUACAAGGUAUUUUCUGAUCAGACUACUUUAAAGAGACAUUUACUACAAAAUAGUAGACACAACAAAUAGACUUUAAAUGUAUCUGUGUAUUGUGUUUAUUAGAGGUUUUUCUCCCGCAUAUUGAAUGUAUAAGUUUUUGAAAUCUGUAAAAUAACUGAUUCUUUGUAUUCAUAUGGAAGAGAAAACUCGUGCUUGAACCUAAACAAUAAAGUGUUUUUUGAAUCAUUUACAAACACAUACAGGAGAGAAACCAUAUCGC